AUGGGAGAGGAGGAGAGGUUUGCCCCAGGGUAUAGGUUUAUUUCCACCAAGGAGGAACUCAUCGAGAAGUACCUGAAAGGAAAGGACUCCGGCAAUCCCCUUCCCACCAACAUCAUCAAGGAAGUCGAGUUCUACAAGCACCAGCCAGCAGUCCUCCAUAAGCGUUUUCCAGUUAAGAGGAUAAAGAGUAGAUACUUCUUCACCAAGUUGGAUAAGAGGUCCAAGACAAAAAAGUAUAGAGAUCGCAAGGCCAAGAAUGGAGGCCACUGGAUUUGCAGCACCGGAGACAAGCCAGUUCUUACGAAUGGUGGACAAUACACUGGUGGGGUAUAUAAAACCUUGACCUACUAUGAGGGCAACGGCAGGUCUAAGAAGACUGGUUGGAUCAUGAUAGAGUAUCGUCUUUCCAAGGAAUCCAAGCAGCAUCAGCCAACUGCAAAUCAGGUGGAGGGAGAUGGGGUCGGCCGGUCGGCGCCGCAGAGGAGGGAGGAAUGCAGACGGUCGUUCGGCGUCGGAGAGGAGGGAGCAGGAGAGGAGGUUGGCAUCAGACGUCGCUCGGCGCUGGAGAGGACAAGAGACGGGGGAGGCGGUGGAUUGAUGUCGGCGCUAGAGAGAGGAGGAGAGGAGAGUAGCUUGGAUUCGUGGCUCAAAUCCAAGAGACGGGGGAGGCUGUGGAUUGAUAUCGGCACCGGAGGGAGGAGGAGAGGAGAGUGGCUUGGAUUUGUGGCUCAGAUUCAAGAGACGGUGGAGGCGGUGGAUUGA